UUUGAAUAAAAAAAUACAUUUUUUUUUUCGCACGGACUGAGUGUAGACGUGGAGAGAGACAAAAAUGGAGGCUUUCAAUUGAAAUCUCUUGGACUGCAACGAAGAGUUCAAGCUCUCCAGUCGUUUCCUACCGACUGGAUUAGAAAGAGAGAGAAAUGGGGGAUCUGUAUGCGUUGGAUUUCGAUGGAGUUCUAUGUGAUAGCUGCGGAGAGAGCUCGAUUUCUGCUGUUAAGGCAGCUAAACUGAGAUGGCCAGAAUUGUUUGUUACCGUGGAUUCAUCAAUGGAGGAUUGGAUUGUUGAUCAGAUGCACAUAGUGCGGCCUGUAGUGGAAACUGGAUAUGAGAACCUGUUACUUGUGAGAUUGCUUCUGGAGAUUAAGAUCUCAUCAUUGCGCAAGUCAUCAGUGGCUGAAGGGCUCACAAUUGAUGGAAUAUUGGAAAACUGGUCAAAGAUAAAACCAGUAAUAAUGGAAGAAUGGGGUGAAAACAGAGAUGCCCUUGUAGAUUUGUUUGGAAAAGUUAGGGAUGAAUGGAUUGAGAAUGACUUGGCUACCUGGAUUGGAGCUAACAGGUUUUAUCCAAGUGUUCCUGAUGCAUUGAAGUUUGCCAGUUCACAAAUCUAUAUAGUUACCACAAAACAAGGUCGUUUUGCUGAUGCAUUAUUGCGGGAACUUGCUGGAGUUACCUUACCACCUGAAAGAAUAUAUGGUCUUGGAACUGGUCCAAAAGUAGAAGUGCUGAAGAUGCUUCAGAAGCAACCUGAACACCAAGGUCUCACCCUACACUUCGUGGAAGAUCGACUAGCAACAUUAAAAAAUGUCAUCAAAGAACCCGAGUUAAAUGGAUGGAACUUGUAUCUAGGUGACUGGGGGUACAACACUCAGAAAGAGAGGGAGGAAGCUGCAACUUAUUCCAGGAUUCAUCUUCUUCAGCUCUCUGAUUUCAGCAAGAAGUUAAAAUGAAUGUAUUUUUCCAAAACAUCUUUGUAACAUCAAAUACAACUGGAAACAUUUUUUUUUUACUAGAUUUUUUCUGAAUAUUUUUAGAACAAACUUAAAUCUUAAUAAAUUGAGAUGUAUGGCUUUUACAAUUGGUUUUAUCAUGUAAUUGGAAAAGAAUAGUUGGCAAC